AUGGCUCCAUUCGCUCCAUCUCUCUUCGUUUUUUUCUUUCAUUUAAUUAAUAAUUGGCCAAAAUUAGCCGUCUACAUUUUCAAUCAUUCGACAAUUAGCUCAUCCUUGGUGGAACUUGUCGAGAUAAGAUGGACAAGGCCUACUAGAUUAAGACACAAUGGAAAUAAUGGCUUGUUUGCUAAUACUCCCAGUGAUUUUCGAAAAAAUUAUGGUUUAGUGCACUUGUCGGUGUGUUCAAGUUUGCUGAGAACUUGGCCAAAUCGAACUAUUCAAAGUUUAGAAUGGAAAAUUUCCAGAGACUAUGGUCAGAAACAGUUUGGUUGGAUCACAGAUGAAUGUCAAACAUUGUGGGUUGCUCCAGAACAGUCUAAUUACAAUGUGGAGGUUUGGGUGAAACUUGUAAAUGAGAAAAUUCUUCAUGGCGAGACUUAUAUACAAAUUCGAGAUCGCUGGAUUGCUGCUAUCGGUGAUUCAUUUUCUUCAGGAGAAGGGAAUCCUGAUAUUCCUGCAAAUUUAGUUGAAAAUGCAAUGGCUAAAUGGCUUUCAGAUCGAUGUCAUCGAAGUUCACGGUCAUGGGCUUACAAAGUGUAUAAAAAAGUUAAAAGUACUAUUUCGAGGCAAACAGCGGUGCACUUUACUUAUUUGUCAUGUACAGGUGCUUCAGUUGAUAAUGGUAUUUUGGUCGCUUAUAACGGAACUUCUCAAAUUAACAUAUUGGAACAAAUAUCACAAAUCAGAGGCAGUGGUCCUGAUUUACUAAUGAUGUCUGUUGGAGGCAAUGAUAUCGGCUAUUCAGAAAUUUUAUCUACUUUAAUUUUGGGCUCGACUACUUUGUUAUUUUCUACAAUUGACAUGCGUUUUUUCUACACGUCUCAUCAGUUGGAUCGAGUUGGCAACACAAUUCAAAAAUUGAAGCCUGAUCAGGUUAUUGUACCACAUUACUUUGAUCUCACACGUAAUGAACGAGGUUUGAUAGAUGCAAAUUGCACUGAUAUGCGACAGAUUAGCACCGAAAAUUUGGUAUUAGCUGAAAAAAAGAUUUUACGACGAAUAAACGACUUGAUAUCAAAAAAAUCGCAUCAGUAUGGUUGGCUAGCUGUUGACGGAAUAGCAGAGCUAUUUCGGUCACGUGGUUGUUGUUCGUCAAAGUCCCUAAUUAGAAGUAUACGAGAUUCAAUUCGAUUACAAGGCAAUAGCUUCGGAGCAUUCCAUCCAACCGAAGAAGCUCAUCAGCAGAUCGCUGAUUUGAUCAUCAAGAGAAUGAUACAAUUUGAUGAUUAA